UUAGGGUUUAGAAUUUAGGGUUUGUGUGUUCUGCUCAUAUUUUGCUUGAAGGUGACAGAGAUAGCAUAUACGCACCUUGGUAGCCCGCGAGCUCCGUUUAUAUUCUCGUGAUCCGAAACGCCUACUCUAAAAUCCUCAAAAACCCCUUCUUUCUUUGGCGGCGCCUCUUCGCCACCGAUGGAAGUGGUGAUCGCCUCCUCCCCGGUGGACGUCGGCUUCGGUUGUUGGGACCUACGCUCGGGCUUCGAGCAGCUCCGGUACCGCUCAUGCUCCUCCGCUCCACAUGGCCUCCUCUCCAUAGCCGGUCGCUUUCUCGCUUCCUCGCAGCUCCGCGAUUCCCCUUCCUCCGCCUCUUGCCCCAUUUUCUUCUGGUCCUGGGAUAAGCCUCAGGUGGAAGUUAGGAGCUUCCCGGUUGAGCCGAUUGGACCGCUUGUUUCCAAUUCAGAAGGCACUUACGUCAUGGGAGGAGGACCAUCCGGCAUUAUCUACCAAUGGGAGGUUGCUAGUGGGAAAUUGCUCACAUGGUGGCAUGCACAUUAUCGGUCUGUCACCUGUCUCACUCUCUCCAAGGACGAGUCUUUGCUAAUAUCAGGGUCUGAGGAUGGCUCUGUCAGAGUUUGAUCCCUUAUGAUGCUUCUGCUGGUGUUCUUUAUAGAUAUAGCUUUUCGGAACAUGCUUUACGUGUCACCGAUGUUGUUACGGGACAUGGGUUAUGCAACUCCAUUAUCAUCUCAACCUCAGAGGAUCGAACAUGUAAG